AUGGUCAUCCAAACUCCCACGUACUUCCAGGAACGAGGCGUAGCCCAUCGUCUGUCGGGACGAAGCCUGUUGAUUGCGGUCAACUUGGUCGCUGGUCUUAGUAUUUUCUUCUUUGGAUAUGAUCAAGGUGUGAUGGGCGGCGUGAAUGGCAAUCGAAACUAUGCCACCACCAUGGGCUUCGGGUACUUCGACGACGCGACCGGCAUCGUCCAAGUGACCAAGCCUCUUCUGCAGGGCGGAAUCAUUGCCGUCUACUACCUCCCUGGCACGCUUGUCGGUGCCCUCUGGGGAGGUUCGCUCGGAGACAAGUACGGCCGUAUCUUCACCAUCGGCUUCGCCGCCGCGUGGGCCAUGGUCGGUGCAGCUCUGCAAUGCAGUGCUCAAGACGCCAACUGGAUGUUCUGCGCGCGCGUCUUCAACGGCAUCGGAACAGGCAUUCUCAACGCCAUCACCCCCGUCUGGGCGACAGAGACUGCCUCACACACCUCACGCGGCGCCUUCGUUUCCAUCGAAUUCACCCUCAACAUCUUCGGCGUCGUCGUCGCCUACUGGCUCGAGUACGGCACCUCCUUCUACAGCCAGAAGCUGUCGAGCUUCAUUUGGCGCUUCCCCAUCGCCUUCCAAAUCGUGCCGCUCAUCGCCCUCUUCUGCGUCGUCUGGUACAUGCCCGAGUCGCCGCGUUGGCUCGUCAAGGCCGGGCGCGAGAAGGAGGCGCGCUUCAUCCUUGGCCGUCUGCGCGGGGAGGAGAACGGAAUUGCCGAGGCGGAGUUCCAAGACAUCAGGAAUAUCGUGCAGGUCGAGAGGGAGAAUUCGCAGAACUCGAGCUACUUCUCCAUGUUCUUUGGCAUCAAGCAGGGGAAGCUGCAUACCGCGCGCCGCAUCCAAUUGGUCAUUUGGCUGCAGAUUUUGCAGGAAUGGAUCGGCAUCGCAGGCAUCACCAUCUAUGGCCCAACUAUCUUCACCCUAGCCGGCAUCAGCGCCGCCGAUCGCCAAUGGGUCAGCGGCCUGAACGACAUCACCUACAUGCUGGCCACGCUCGUCUGCGUCUUCACCCUGGAUCGUAUCGGCCGCCGCUGGACCCUCUACUGGGGCGCCGUGGGAAUGGGAAUCUGCUGCUUCUGCGCCGGUGGCCUGGCAUAUGCCACUGCCCACGCCGCUGUCGGGUCUUCGUACAAGACGCACGUAGGUGGCGCGGCGACGUUUUUCGUCUACCUCUACACCGCCAUCUUUGGUGCGACGUGGUUGACGGUCCCCUGGCUCUAUCCCGCCGAAAUCUUUCCUCUUCAGAUCAGGGCAAAGGGCAACGCAUGGGGUGUAGUCGGGUGGUCGAUCGGCAACGGAUGGUGCACACUACUGCUGCCCACCAUCUUCGCAAAACUCGGCCCGUCCACGCUGUACAUUUUCGGCGGCGUCAACGUCUUCUCCAUCAUCGUCGUCUGGGCCUUCUACCCCGAAACCAACCAGCGCACGCUCGAGGAGAUGAAUCUCGUCUUCGCGUCGGACAGCAUCUUCAACUGGGAGGCGGAGAGGAAUUUCAAGAUCCUCGUCGAGCAGAAUCCCGGACUCGUGCAGGCUGCGAGGCGCGGAAGCAGUGUGGUCGAUCCUGAGACAGGCAUGCCGAAGUCGGGCCUUGCUGUUUUGGAGCAUAGUGGGGAUGAGAAGGAUAGCGAGUAUCGACGGCCGAGCUUGGUGGCGCAGGAUGUGGGUCGUGCGGGCAGUCUUGUGGCCAAGUAG